AUGGCUCCCAUGUUAUUGACCCGCACCGCCCAGGUCCUAGUACCUGUUCCUGGCCAAGUAAUGAGUGUUCUCAUUACGAUGGUUGCCCUCACUGCCAUCACCUCGUUCAUCACGCAAAGAACACUAGCUAUCAAGGUCUGGGCGAGACUUCCUUACAUCGUUUGGCUUGUGUUCGCUAUCAACAUCGAUUCAUAUCUAUUCGUCUUUACAACAGCGUUGUUACAACAUGCUUUUGGAGUCAAUUACAGUAAACAACUGUGCGAGGGAGCCAUUCUACUUUGCCUUGCCUGCUAUGUCACAACCAAGUUAAUUUAUCUCUUCCUGGUGGAGAAAGCCCAUAUUAUCCGCGGUACGACGAAGAAGCGCUUAAAGUCCAAGCUAUACUUGUUCAACUCUUUCGGGGUCAUGAGCAUCUUCAUGAUUGUUAUUGUAUUAAAUUUCAUCUACCGAAUCGUACGAAUGGAAAAAGGGCAAUGCUUUAUCGGAAUGGAAGGUGUCGGUAUUAUACCGCUCAUCACAUUCGACUCCCUUGCCAACACCUACCUGACCCUCCUGUUCCUCGUUCCGCUAAGGAAAAUCUACAAGUUCAGGAAGAUGGCACGAACCCAAGCAAAUGAUCACCUCCAAAAUGUCGCCCUCAGAACGUUCAUCGGAGCGCUCUGCACUCUCAUCAGCAGCGUCACAAACCUUACCGUUCUGAUGGCGUUAAACGGAGAGCCAGGGUGGGUGUGCCUCAUGUGCUGCAACUGUGACGUGCUCUUCUCAGCUGCCGUCAUCCACUGGGUCACGUCCAAGGACAACGCCGGCACCUCAAGCAGCCUCUCCUCCCACGGCGGCGCCGGCAACGGCUGCUGCCCCGAGACCGGCGGCACCCCUCCCCGGAGGCACAACGGCCAGAGCGGCUCCGACACCGAGCCCCCGCCCUCCUCGUCGACCACCACGGACGAGAUCGCCCUCGUCACGGCAGCCAGGUCGGCCAGCCACCACCGCCGCCACUCGGACCUCCUCGACGACGACUUCGACGACGAGUCCUGCAGCCAGGCCGACGCCGUGCUCUCCAAGGCCGCCAAUCCCAAGGGCACCGUCGUCGUCACCACCACCAUCAAGCGCGAGAGCAGGCCCGGCAAACCUCCUAGUAGCGGCGGGAGCAUAUCCAUGUGCGACCGCUGCUACCAGCACUCUUCUCCGCGGACGACGAUGGUCAGGGGAGGAGCAGGAGAUGGGUUCUCCAAACCGCAGACGAGGAUCAGCGGAGGUUCACCCCAGAGCCAACGCUGA